GCCGAUUCGUGGUUUAUUUUGAAAAUUUUAUCAACAUCAUAAUUCUAUAUAUGAAAUUUUUCAGACAAUACUUAUGCCUCAAUAAACAUUUGAAUUUGUUGGAAUCAACAAGAAAACUUGCAAUGCUUCAUGAGUAUCAAUUAAUAAUGUCAAAUGAACGAAGAUAACUGAACCAAAAAAGACUAUUCUUCUCGAGAUCAGAUAGAAUAUGUUCAAAAUAGAAUCGUAUAUCACUCCGAUAUUGCUCAGUUAUGUUGAUAAAUAUAUCAAAAACUUUCGUUUAGAAGAUUCAACAGUUUCGUUAUGGGGAGGAGAUGCUUGUUUUCACAAUUUAGAUUUACGAUUGGAAGUUUUAGAGCAGGAAUUACAUUUACCUGUUAGUUUUGUAUCAGGUCACAUAAGAGAGCUUCUUAUUCAUGUACCAUGGACCAAAUUAGCUUCAGAACCAAUCACAAUAACCAUAAACACUAUCGAAUGUAUUCUAAAGCUUCGUGGAUCAGAUGUAAGCUCAUCUUCUUCUUCAUCCGGAAAAUCAAGAGAAAAACUGAAAACUCAGAGCCAAGAUUUAGAAGCCCCACCAGGCUAUCUUGCAAGUCUCAUUCAUAAGAUCGUAGGUAAUAUUAGGAUUUACUGCAACAAUUUAAUAUUGAAAUAUGUGGAAGAGGACAUAGUACUAUCAAUGAAUAUAAAGCAUUUUAAAUUUGAGUCUGCUAAUGAUCUUUGGGAGCCAUCGUUUACAGAUCUUGGUUCUGACGAAGUGAAGAUGAGGAAGUUAAUAUGUAUCAAUGAUUUAACAAUAUGUCUAGAUAAAAGAAACGCUGCAGGUAAAAUAGAAGUGUACCAAGAACCUAUGUUGUAUAAGUGUUCUAUGACUAUGCAUUUAUUGAGAAUGUAUCAUUCAGCGUCAGCAUCUAGAAGCUCCACUACUCGGCUAGAUAUUUAUUGUAACAGUUUGGAAUUUGGUAUGUCAGAGCAGCAGCUACCAAUGUUCAUCAGACUGAUAUUACUUUGCUUCGCCUUGAAAAAGAAAAAGAGAGAAGAAGACCAUGAACCAAAUAUACAGAAUUCCCCCUCAACAGAGAUAAGAGAUAAUAAUGAUAAUACCGAUACAUGGACUGGCUGGGCUUGGUCCUACGUUUCAGCAGUUUUAUCAGAGCCCUCUAACGAAGAAUGGACCAAUCAACAAAAUGAAGAAAAGGGACAUAUCUUACACAUUGGAUUUUAUAUUGACAAGGCAUCAGUCAUCUUCAAGGUCACAGACGCGAGUAGAGAAAGAAAUUAUUACCAACAUAAGAAACUCCGUUACAUGCCAGUUCUGGCUCUAGAAUUGCAAGGUAUAUAUUCAGAAACGAUUACACAUGGACCAAAAUGGCUCAAUUCUACUUUUGGCAUAAGUGAAAUACUCUUAAGUCCGCUCGGAUAUUGCAGUUGCUCAGCUAUGGAAAGCCCAGAAGGGUGCAAGCCAAUACCAUAUUUGAGGAUAGGUAGUCAAUCCUCAUAUUACAAGUUCAAUUCACUCUUCGAUGCGGACGCUCUAGAGAAUAAGGGGGCCAAAAAGUAUUAUAACAACUGCUGGGAUUACCAUUUGAUCAAUCUGACAGAAUCUGUGUUAUUAGAGAGAACCCCAGCUUUUGCUGUCGAUUAUAUUCACGAAAUGGCAAUUUCUGAAGAUUUAACACCUGAAAGACUGGCCGAAAUGAGCUCAAAUUUUGAAUAUAGCAAUCUGCCUGAAAGAGAUUACACAAGGAUUUUUAUCGCACCUCUCAAAUUGAGGUUAUGUUCAGGCUUUCAGCACAGGAUUUCUAGCAUGGUUAUGGCCGCUGUUAACUAUGAGUAUGUCCCAUACUAUAUUCCUGCACCAGAUCCGGAAUACCAAGAUUUACUUCCACCUUCCGAAGAGGAUUUUGACGCUCUCAACGAGUUUAUACCUCUAGCUUCUGUUAAAGUCACCUUUUUUGCACCGGUCAUCGAGUUCGAAACUGCGGAUCAUCCUUACUUCGUCCCCAAGAAGGGCAAACUUUACAGAAAGCAUAAGAAAGUCUCGGCCCAUUCACAACAAACUGUAGCACAAGCAGCUCAGAGAGAAAGUGAGAACGUUAAGUUAGUUUUGGAGUUUCAGUGCCUAGAUUUAUUGUUCAUAUCCCCCUUCUACAUCAACCGGUUGGUUUAUACCACCUGCCAGUUACCGGAUCCGCCUAAAGCCCUGUUCGAUGCUUGCUUCAAGAAGUACGAACUCAAAGUUCUCGGACUUACUAGUCGGCUAGUGGUGAAUCCGAAUUGUCAGACCACAAUUUUAAUGCCGUUCAGUGCAUGUUUCAUGACCAGGCAAAUUCUGAAACCGCAGUAUUGGACCAACCCGCAUGUGACCCACUUUGAGUUAACCGUCGAAUCAGAAAAUUUCACGGUGACUGGAACGAAAGCAAAGAUGUUGCUAAUAUACGAUUUGAUUAUGGCUCUCUUUCAACUGGAUGGUGAGAAUAGUAAUUUGCAGAAUUCCUCGAUUCUGGUAGAUGCUUGCAACGACGAAGGUUUUCCGUAUAUGGAACUAUAUGUCGAAGGAAUAAGAUUCAAGAAAGUUACCACGUUUACCACAAUAUCGAUGGACAUGGCCCUAGAAAGCGUCAGAGCUUUCAUCUUUGAAACUAUUGACAAAGAAAAAUCAUCAAGUUCGAAGGUACAUUCCAGUAAGGAUAUUCAGCAAAUUCUCUUCAUAUCUGGACCAGAACCUAAACUAACUAGUUUAAUAAGCCAAAGCACUUCACAAAUCCCUUCGUUGUUAACCGCAACAAUUCAGUAUCCAAUCAAUCCAGAUAAUCAGAUACAUCCUACGAUCGUCACUUACAACAUACAAGAAGUAAGGAUAUGUUUCGAUCCCCUGGUCUUCAAGUGGUUUCUUUACAAACCUCAGUUCUACAGAGCCAGUUCUUUCGCUAAUUUUUCAGAUACACCGUAUAAAGUCAAGAGUACGGACAGCAGCAUAUUUGAGUCUUCGAGGAAAGCCAGCAUGAUUAUAGAGUCUGUACACAGCAGUUCCGAUAGAGAGAAGUCUUCGAUCGUCUCAAAAAAGUCCAAAAUCAUAAAGGAGGAACCUAUUGAUCUACAAGAGAAGACCUAUAAUUUCCUGAGGGAUUGGUUUAACGUUUGGAAAUCUAUGAUUGUCUCUGGUGAAAUUAACAGGUGUACCAUAUAUUUUCCUAUGACUUCACUUUCGGCAGUAGGUUCACAAGGUAUUCAGCAAGCAGUGGAUGCUGCCAUGGCCAAGAAAGACCCACCUGAUAUCAUGGUGAUAACAUUGCCAUAUUUGUUCACGCAUUGUACACAGCGUCAAAAUUUGAAAAAGUACAUUACACAUCUACCUGUUACUCUACCUGAGGCAAUUUGGUCACCAGAUAGAUCUUCCUUUCCAUGGACCCUAUCAAUAAAAGAUCUCAGCUGCUACACAAUUCAAAAGGGUUUAAAGAUGGAUUGUCUGAAACCGUGCUCUCUAAAUGCAACAAUUGGUUUGUCGACGAAGAAUACGAAAUCUGAGGAACAUGUCCACAAAGAUUCUCCUUCUUCCACCUCUAUUUCCAAAUACGAUAUCAGCAGUUUGGGAGUUUGCGUUCACGUGGAUAUGACACCUGUCUUGAUCUCCACCUGCGAAGUACAGGUUUAUUUAUUCGCAAGUAUACUCUACGGUUUAGUUGAGGUAGCAUCCAGUUUUGCUGCAGUUUCCGAGAAACUCAAACAUCAACAUGAAUACCCCUCGAGGAUUCUUGAGUCGAUCGAUAGUAAGUCAGACACAGCGAUAACAGUACCAGAAAAUAGUGUGGACUAUCAAAGUCAACAUUCUUCGUCUAUUAACUUGACAGAAGGUGAUCAAGAAUCAAAACUAACAGCCUGGCUUCAAUGGACAAUAGCCAAGUUCACAAUUGAGCUUCAUUCGAUGACAAAAGAAUCGAAGAAGAACAAACCCAAAUUGAAAUUGGUGAUAGAUACCGAAGAUAUUGUGAGUUCCAUUGAUUUCCAAAAUGUCUAUUUGAAGAUUAAAAGCAAGGUUGGAUCUAUAUCUGUGGAACACUUCAAACUCGUUAAAGACAGUUGGCAACAAGGACCGUACCUAGGUUUGGUAAUGAGACAUCGAGACGAUUACCUCAGCGAAGAACGUCACGAAGACAACGCUUUCAUCAACUUAACAAUAACCAGAGCAAGUUGUCGACAUACCCACACCUUAUGGGGCACCAUGCACAAGAAAAAGGAUCACAAGAUGGGUUCCAACCAUUCAAACGUUAUACCGACACGUUUCAUAACAGAAAUCGUGCUUUCGGUCAAGCCAACCGAUUUCAUAUUCUCCUUUAAGACGUUGAGGAAUUUCAAUCUCGUCUUGGAGCCUUUAUUCGCCAUACAGAUACCCUCGAAGAAGAAGGGUAGAAGUACCCAAGGACCACCCUCUUAUGUUACCAAUCAGGUACUUCCUCUGGCCUACUUGGAAUGUCACAAUGUUAGAGUUAUUAUACCUGUAUCGUCUUGGAGGAAGAAAAGUGACUUGAAACUUGAUCACGACGUGUACUUGUUUCAAAUCUCCAAGAUAUCCUUGGGUCCCAAUGCUGUCAAUCCGAUAUGCAGGACUCCUUACAGGCCUGAUUUGUAUCAGCAUGCUGCUCGAUCGAGAAUACUGAAUAUACCAGGGAGUGAUAUGGAGGAUCGUCAGUACCAACUAGACAUCAUUGGGACAUCUCUGAAUACAGGCUCUUGGAAAGAUGUCGAACUCAUCUUGAAUCAGCCUUCAGGAAUCCUCACGAGUCUUCAUGGAUCCAGCGAAAAUCCUGCUGUUGAAUGGAACAACCUUGAAAGAGUUUCGAUCAACACUAAUCCCAGUAUGCAUUUGUGGCCGGUUUUCGAAAAAAUAGAUUUAUCCAUCAUCAUUGCUCCGGCCAUGGUUUACAAGGAGGUUUUAGUCUGUUGCAAUUCGGUAGAGAUUAAUAUUGUAUCAGAUGUAGCUGUCAAUCUCUGUUUGUCGCAAAUCAGGUUGGCGUUGAACCUUAUUGGAGAAUUCAACGAAUUUCUACAGCCUGUUAAGGCUUCUAAGAGUAAAGUACGGUUCCCCUAUUCUCAAGUUGUUGAGAAUCGAGAUGAAUCAGACGUCGAAGCUCUGAAAGACUCUGGGAUAGAAAGCUCCGAAUUCAAGAGUGUAGGCUCGUCUUUUAAACAUGAUAUUUAUCGUAUAGAUAGUGAAAAACGCAUCUCAGUCUUGAAAAGUUCAUCUACAACCAUGGAUAAUGUGAAUCCCCUAGAAGUUCUACUCACCGGUGGAAAAAUAAGCCUAUCACUUUACCAAAUCGGUGCCAACUAUCCAAUUUAUCAGAAGAAGAAAGAGCAUCAUGAAGAUCGGAGGACGCCUUUACACAAAUUAAGUGAGUCCAUAUAUCACAUGAAAGAAUCUCUCCAUAGAAUCGGUAUAGCUCCCUCGAGUUCCAAACCGUUCAAGAAACAGAAAUCAAAGACGAAACUCAAAGAUUCCAACAUUUCAUUGAGCGAGACAAUAUCGGAAGAAGAAUUCGACAGAAAAUUCAUUCCUUUAUGCUAUAUAGUCUUAUCACAACCGAACCUAUACUUUUCGGACCAGAGAAACACAAGAAAAUUUCACUUCUGCCUGUUUAACAUUUCAACGAAAAUCAGUGGGAUUAAAUACGACGUUACAAGUUCAAUACCAACUGCCAACGAUUAUCAUGUUCCACUUCUGGAGACUUUAUCAGGCAUGCCACACCCCGAUACAGGAAUACCACCCGCCUUUCUGACAGUUAAAGUCACAACAAAAUCACUAGGCAACACAACCUUGGAUUUCGAUUUUGCAAGGCCUACUAGAAUAAAUUGCUCCAAGGAAAUUUGCUACGAUUUGUUAGGAAUCCAGCAGGCUGUCAUGGACUGUAUCCGGAUUGAUUCAUUUCAAACAGAACCUGUAAAGUCGAGUGUCUCAAACAUCGACAAGUCCCUAACAUUGAUACCUGAAAGUUCGGAGAAUUAUAUAAAGUUCCAAGAGAUAAAAGAAAAAAUCUUCAAUGUGAAUGCGAUCAAUCUUGCAUCUGAUCAGUUGGUGUUAGUCUGGCAAACUGAUACAGAUUACAAGCUGAGACUGACCAUAGGUAAAAUUAAGAAUAAUUUUAGUCUGGUAAACAGACCGGAUAAAGUGUCCAAUUUCGUGAAGUUGGAAUGUGUGUCAUUGCUUUACGAAAACAGUUACUUUAGUCAGCUCGUGUUGAAUCCGUGGACUAUCGCAAUAGAUUUGUUAUUGUUUUGGGAACCCUGGCAACACCUAGGGGACCAUCCCCAAACUCAAAUCAUCGCUGAGAGUGACUCUUUGAUGUUCACAAUUUGUCCCGAAAGAUUGGAGGUUUUGAAUGUACUGGUUGAUGAUCUGAUAAGAUUCAGUAAAGAUAUCAGCAGUUCUAUAAAAGAAGAGGAGACCGAUAUUAGCCAGGAAGAUUUCAAAACUUUGGUUAUACCGCAGGAUUCGGAACAGUAUUACAAAGAUGACUUGAGAGCUGGUGCUUUCCAGUUUGUGGACUCCACAACGGACAACAUAGACGAAAUGCCUUUACCAUAUCAAGUUAUGUUUUGGAACAAGAAUAUCGCUGCAAUGGCCUGGCGAUAUCCACAACCUAGGUGUUUGACUAAAGUGAGGGUGUUCCCAGUUCCUCUAAAAGUGACCAUAGACGGUGAACAUGAGAUAGAGAUAAGUUGCAGUUUAGAAUAUUGGUCAGAAUGCCACGCCUCUUUUCUAACCUACACCCAAUUCGUUUUACCGGAGGAUGAAAUUUUACAUCUGGAACUACCUAGGGGGAAGCCACACCCACCCUUUGCCUGUGUUUGGAGGGUGGAGCUUACUAUUUCAAGGUCGACCAUAGAGAACGUCGAUAUAUUCUCGAUAUUUUCUCCACGUGCUUUGGCUGCAUGUAUGCGAAUAGAUUCUUAUUUCAACAGAUCUUUAAUACCGAAUUUCAGUGUUGCAUUUUCCAUAUCUAAAUUCCGUAUUGCUUUGCACACAAACUACGACAAAGAGAGGUAUAACAUACUACCUGAAUUUCUCAAAGGGUAUGAUUUUGAUUUGCAAAUCCCUUCAACUCAAUGCUUCUCAGAGAUCAUAUUGGACAGUUUAAAAUUACACGCUUCAAGUUGGAACUUCAAUGUAUUCCUUGUAGACAUGACCACGUCUCUCAAAGUUUUGGUUUUGGAAUAUGCCUUCUUGACGAUGCAACCUAUGAUCGAAUGCUUUGGUUUUAAAUUCGAAACUAGCAUAUCCAAACGAUGCGACUGUCACUUCAUGUCGAAAUCUGUUUCUGUCAACUUUUCACCAAGUUUAGCACACACUCUAGCAGUUAGCACACAAUUGUGGAACCUUAAUUACACUAGUUUCACUUCCAACAAAGAACGACAUAUGAAUUUCUGCAUCCUGACGCGUUAUGUCAUCUGUAAUGAAACUAAUAUAACCCUAAAGUUUGGUCAAAACGGUACCCGCGAAGAAAUACUGCUGAUGCCCAAGUUUUUCCAUCAGUACUGUUGGAGGACUCAGAAACAAAAACAAUUGAUGAGAGUGUGCUUAGAGGGUAAGGAGUGGUUGUGGUCUCGACCGUUUUCUUUGGAGGUUGGUACGCAGGUCAUUGAAAUAAGUGAAAAGAAAUUGUUGACCUUGAAUGUAUCGGUCGUUGCACUAUCCGCAACACAGUGUCAAGUGAUCUUCUCUGGACAAUUGGUGAUUGCCAACAUGUUAUUGGAGCAUUUCGAGCUUAAGAUUGUUCGAGAGAAUGUAACAGAUAACAGGAAGGUCAUAAAUCAAGUGGUAGCUGGAAAUUCCAUGACCACUUCUAUGGUCAUCAAUUAUAGUAAGGCCCAUUUUCUCCGAUUGAGGUUCUACGGUUUGGAUACUUCAUGGAGUGGAGAUAUUCCCUUGAUGGAGCAUUCUAAAAGUUCGCAGCCUUGGCUUGUGAAAGUUCCUUUAAUGGAAAGGGGUCAAUUCCUGAGUAUUUGGUGUCGAGUUGUAGUUCAGGAGUUCAAUAUUGGAAAAAGAAUUUUGGCCAUGCUUUGGCCUCUCUUUUCCAUAAAAUCAAACUUACCUGUCAGCACUAAAGUUCAUAUUGAGACGCCACUUUUGAACUACCGUGGUGAGAUCAUGGUUAGGAGUCAUGGAGAGCUGCAACAGUUGUACUGCCCUGGAACUAUAGACCAUUCACAUCAGUUGACGUUCCAAUUAGAGAAUGUCGCUCUAGGACCCAAUCCUUACGUACCUCUCAACUACAGCCUUAUCGAUCACGAUACCUUCUUCAAAAAAAUGGAUAAGCAAGAAAUCAACGAUAUCAUAGAGUAUCUGAAGACUUACAACAAGAACGAAUGGCCCUAUUUUGGGGAAGAACUGAGCAAUAUUGAUUGGAUUGUAGGAGAACAACCGGAAACUCAUGUUCAGGUGAAAUAUCACAAUUCUUGUUUGUACUCAAGUUCCUUGAUGGUUGAAUUACUACCGUGGUGCCUUCUUGUUAAUAUAACGGGUUGUACCAUUGGAAUUAAAAUGGAUGGAGACGAAGUUUGCACACUGAGUCACAAUGGAAUUGUGACUCCUCCCAAGAUAGAGGAAAUUUUCAACAUUUUGGUCUACAUCGACGACGAAGAAUUCAUCUCUGAUCCUCUACAAUUUUCCAAACCUGCUACAUGGUCUCAGAAUUUCUACAUGCCCAAGAUUCUAGGCAUCAUACCAGCCGACGGUACAAUUGUGUGUAACGUAAGAUGUAAAGAGUAUAUAUGUAAGCUGUCGAUAAGAAGUGAUAUACCCAACGAGAUAAGAUUGCUGAAAGUUGCAUCUACCCAUGUUCUUUGCAACAACACAGGUUACGAGUUGCAUGCAAUGUGUCUCGCAGUGCCUAGCACAGAUAUGUUCGCUGUGCCUCAUCAUUCCAAAUGUAACAUUAUAACUGUUGCACCAGAUAUGUAUGACAAAAACCAAGGAGUAUCCGUUAUCCAGUGGUUUAACUUGGAAGAAGACGAACAAAACCUUACAACUGAACAUGUACUCUACAUGGUAUUCUCUUUGAAACCAGCUUUGGGUUGGUCCAAACCAAUCAGAGUAGAUGAAGUGUUCAUCCGAAAAACCAUAUCUCUAAUGACUGAUGUUGAACCGGUACCACUGGCCAUCACCAGCUAUGACAACAAAGGUCAGCAUUUUAUAGGUGUUCAUCAUGAUACUAGACCUCAAAUAUACAUCGAAAACUGUUCCGGUGUCACUUUGUAUUGCGCCCAGUUGAAAGAUGGAGAAGAAUUUGACGUAUUCGAAGAGACUGAACAUUUCAGGUGGUAUUGUGAAAUAAUAGAUGGCGGUAGCAACUACUAUUCCAUGAUGGGUUUGAUAGAUAAAUUUCCGGAAAUCCCUACUCAAUCGCAUAAGGAGAAUUUAGUGUUUUCGAAGGAUCCUUACGUUAUAUCGAAAAGUUCUGUCUGGUCGUCUGAGAUCAAUUUAGUGGAUGAUACUGAGCAAUAUCUCAGAAUACCCUCACACGGGGAUGUAAAAGUUAUAGUGAAAAAUUCUUCUUGUCUGACCUACAUUAGAGUGGAAUCGGUUAGCAGAGUUGAAAUAAAUGCCAAAGAUAUACGUGCCAGACUGUUGCAAUUCCAAGAAAGAAAGAAGUCAAGAGGUAGCAAGAGUACAAUUGAUGAACCAAAGAUCAUGCAGAGCGUAUCUGCUGAAGCUUUCAAACCAUAUGAUCCAGAAUUUGACGACGAUUUGCAUUAUUCGACCCUCUCAACGGGUAAUAUGUUGAAAGCGAAGGACGGAAUGAGUGUAGAUAUAAACAUUAGCCAUUUGAAAAGACGGAAGUCGGAUUCUCAGUUAGAGAUCACAAAGAGGAAGAUGAAGAGAUUAUUUUGUGCUACGAUACCAAUGUGGGGAGAUUGGCAGUCCUUGAACUUCGUGGUAUUCGUAAACGAAUUUACGUUUACACUGCUCUCCGAUAUAGAUAUAAUUAGUGGGGACGUUGACGAAAUAACCUCGCUCACCUGUGAUAAUAUAGCCAUUUCCACCAUACAAUCUGAUACUAUGCAACUGGAUCUGUACAUUCAGAACAUACAGCUGGACAAUCAGCUUUAUUCGAAGAGGAAUUAUGAUUUUCCUGUGGUCAUGUUGAUGCAAGAGCCUGCAACUACAAAGAUACAUUCUUUAGAUGUUCCGAUCGAUAGUCUUGUGGAUGAAAUUAGAUCUUCCUCUGCGUUGAGACUGUCCCUAGUCAUAGACACUUGGGUAGAUCCAAGGAACCAGAAAGUGUCAGGUAUCCAAGAGAUGAGCUUCAACAUAAAACCAUUCAGCUGCUACUUGGAAGACACCUACCUCCUUCUGUUUUCGGAAUACCUGAACGUCUUCAUUCCAGUGAACCUGAUCAGUAUACCUGAAUCGACCAAACCCAAACUGACACUUGGCGAGUCGGUUUUUCUUCACAUUCCAGAUAUAGUAUUAUGGCAGAGUGCCGUUCAAGCUCAUCCCUUGACCAUUAGACGACUUCAAGUGGAUCCAAUUUCCAUGAUGUUAUCCGUACAUUCCUCCAUCAAGAUGUAUCUUGCUCUGGAUCAAUCCCCCCUCUUUUUCGUGGAGUUUGAACGGAGGAGGGUAUUCACUAACGCUUAUAGGUUAGGUCAUACGCUCACCAUGCAUUAUUUGUCUGGCGCCAUCUUUAGGGCUGGUUGGAUGGUUAGUUCCCUCGAAAUCCUAGGUAGUCCUGUGGGUUUGGCCAGAGCUAUGGGUUCUGGAUUGAAGGACUUUGUGGCCUUACCGUUCAGGGGGCUUCUGCAAGGGCCUCUUGAAUUCCUCUAUGGUGUUACACAUGGCUCAGCCUCUUUAAUGAAGCAUGUAACAGCUGGUACUUUACAAUCCUUCACCAAGAUGGCUUCUAGCGUGGCUAGGAACCUGGAUUAUUUAACCUUGGACGAAGAGCAUGUUAGAAGGGCCGAAGAACAGCGUAGACAGAGGCCAUCAGGAGUUACAGAGGGACUUAUGCAGGGUCUCACCGGUUUGGGUAUCAGUAUUUUGGGAGCUAUCGGUGGAAUAGCUCACCAUCCUCUACAGUCUGUGAUAGCUGAAGGUGGAUCACCAAGGUCAUUAGCUGCUGGUUUGGGUCUUGGUUUGGUUGGCAUCAUUACUAAGCCUUUGAGCGGUGCUGCUGAACUUUUGGCCUUGACCGGACAAGGAUUGCUGCAAGGUGCAGGUUGGAAUAACUUGCCAGAACAGCGAAGUAGUCCUAUACUUCACAACAUGUUCUCCAGUAACAGUUCCAUACUUAAAUACGACUGGAAGAUGAACACCAUCAGCGAGAACAGUUCUAAGUUCCUCCACAUGACCGAAGCGACCUCUGUCUCCUCGAAUUUCAACUACACUUCAGUAGCCCUGAUAAUAACCAACAAGAACUUGAUCGUGGUGAAUGCUGAUGAGGACGUGGUUCAGAACAGUAUUAUUUUAUCGGAGGUUGAACCCCUGAAGACCAAUUCGGAUCCUACUUUGUUGUCUUUGGAGAUGGUGCCUACCCAACCGGUUGUUUUGAAGGUGGAGGAUGAUGUGAUAGUGGAGAUGGAUCCUGCGUCUAGAGCCAGAGUGGCGGACUAUGUGAAAAAUACGGUGGGAAUGCUGCAAGUGGCUGGAGGGAGCAAAGGACCUUCGGAGAUGAGUAUAUCGCCUUUGUCUUCGCCUGGUGCUGGUAACGAUAGUGAUGCCGAGUCGAAGACAGUGUUGAGCUUCUUUGUGAGCCCGCAAGAUAGGAAUUACUUCCUUUGUUUGCUGGCAAUGGCCAAACAGGAAAAUUUGGACACAUGUAAUAACUACCCUGUAUUAUAAAAGGCAUUUUGUAUUUGUUCGAAGAUGAGAAUAAAGAUGUUGUUUAUUGUUUUUAAA